CUCCGCGUCCCCGGUCCUGUCAAGCACCUGCCUCUCGCUCCCGUACCAAGAUGGCGGCAGAAGCAGCUGGUGGGAAAUUCAGGAGCACAGUCAGCAAAAGCAAAGACCCCUCGGGGCUGCUCAUCUCGGUGAUCAGGACUCUGUCUAUUAGUGAUGAUGUUGAGGAUAGAGAAAACGAGAAAGGUCGCCUUGAAGAAGCCUAUGAGAAGUGUGACCGUGACCUGGAUGAAUUGAUCGUUCAACACUACACAGAACUGACAACGGCCAUUCGCACUUACCAGAGCAUCACAGAGCGUAUCACUAACUCCCGGAAUAAAAUCAAGCAGGUAAAAGAGAAUCUACUCUCCUGCAAGAUGCUGUUGCACUGCAAACGGGAUGAGCUUCGUAAACUGUGGAUUGAAGGAAUUGAGCAUAAGCAUGUACUGAACCUGCUGGAUGAAAUUGAGAACAUUAAACAAGUGCCUCAAAAACUGGAACAGUGCAUGGCCAGCAAGCACUACCUUAGUGCCACCGACAUGCUGGUGUCAGCGGUAGAGUCUCUGGAGGGCCCACUGCUCCAGGUGGAAGGACUCAGUGACCUCAGGCUGGAGCUUCACAGCAAGAAGAUGAACCUGCACUUGGUUCUCAUAGAAGAACUGCACCGGCACCUGUACAUCAAAUCCACUAGUCGAGUCGUGCAGCGUAACAAAGAAAAAGGCAAGAUGAGUUCUCAUGGCAAAGAUGCCUCUCCUGGACCUCUGAUUGAUGUUACAAACAUCUCUACCCCACGCAAAUUCCUUGAUGCCACUCAGUAUUCUGCUGCUGGCAGUUCCAGUGCGAGGGAGAUGAACCUGCAAGACAUCAAGGAGGACUUGGAGUGUGAUCCGGAGGAGAACAGCACUCUUUUCAUGGGAAUUCUUAUCCAGGGACUGGCCAGGCUGAAGAAGAUCCCUGAGACAGUUAAAGCCAUCAAAGAGCGCUUGGAACAGGAACUAAAGCAGAUUGUGAAGAGGUCAACCACUCAGGUGGCAGACAGUGGCUAUCAGAGGGGAGAGAGCCUCACUGUGGACAACCAGCCAAGGUUACUUCUAGAACUGCUGGAGCUGUUGUUUGACAAGUUUAAUGCUGUAGCCACCGCACACUCUGUGGUGCUGGGGUACCUGCAGGAUUCUGUUGGGACCCAACCGACUCAGCAGGAAGACAUUAAAUUAUACGAUAUGGCAGAUGUGUGGGUGAAGAUCCAAGAUGUGCUGCAGAUGCUGUUGACUGAGUACUUGGAUAUGAAAAACACACGGACUGCAUCAGAACCAUCAGCUCAACUAAGCUAUGCCAGCACUGGACGAGAGUUCGCAGCCUUUUUUGCCAAGAAGAAACCACAAAGGCCAAAGAAUUCCCUUUUCAAGUUUGAAUCAUCCUCCCAUGCUAUCAGCAUGAGUGCCUAUCUGCGAGAACAGAGAAGGGAACUCUAUAGUCGGAGUGGGGAACUUCAAGGAGGUCCCGAUGACAACUUAAUUGAAGGUGGAGGAACAAAAUUUGUCUGCAAACCUGGAGCCAGAAAUAUCACUGUUAUAUUCCAUCCAUUACUGAGAUUUAUUCAGGAGAUUGAGUAUGCCUUAGGACUUGGCCCUGACAAACAGUGUCCCCUUCGAGAGUUUCUCACCGUGUACAUCAAAAACAUCUUCCUCAGUCAGGUCUUGACUGAGAUCAACAAGGAGAUUGAAGGAGUCACCAAAACGGCAGACCCCUUGAAGAUCCUAGCCAAUGCAGACACCAUGAAAGUUCUGGGGGUGCAGAGGCCUCUUCUACAGAGCACCAUCAUUGUAGAGAAGACAGUGCAAGACCUCAUGAACCUGAUGCAUGACCUGAGUGCAUAUUCGGAUCAGUUCCUCAACAUGGUGUGUGUGAAGCUCCAGGAGUACAAGGACACCUGCUCUGCAGCCUACAGAGGCAUUGUACAGUCAGAAGAGAAACUUGUCAUCAGUGCAUCUUGGGCAAAAGACGAUGACAUCAGCAGACUCUUGAAAUCGUUGCCAAACUGGACUAACAUGGCUCAGCCCAAACAGCUGAGGCCCAAGAGGGAAGAGGAAGAAGACUUCAUAAGGGCAGCUUUUGGCAAAGAAUCUGAAGUUCUAAUUGGGAACCUUGGUGACAAACUGAUUCCUCCACAAGACAUCCUCCGUGAUGUCAGCGACCUCAAAGCCUUGGCCAACAUGCAUGAAAGCCUGGAAUGGCUGGCCGGCCGAACAAAGUCAGCAUUUGCCAACCUCUCUACAUCCCAGAUGCUGUCUCCUGCUCAGGAGAGCCAUGUGAACAUGGACCUUCCGCCAGUGUCCGAACAGAUCAUGCAAACACUGAGUGAACUUGCCAAGUCCUUCCAGGAUAUGGCUGACCGCUGCCUGCUUGUCUUGCAUCUAGAAGUGAGGGUUCAUUGUUUCCACUAUCUCAUCCCCCUGGCAAAGGAGGGGAAUUAUGCCAUCGUUGCCAAUGUGGAAAGUAUGGACUAUGACCCGCUGGUGGUCAAGCUCAACAAAGACAUCAGUGCCAUGGAAGAGGCCAUGAGCGCCAGCCUUCAGCAGCACAAGUUCCAAUACAUCUUUGAAGGUCUGGGACACCUCAUCUCCUGCAUCCUCAUUAAUGGGGCCCAGUACUUCCGGCGCAUCAGUGAGUCUGGCAUCAAGAAAAUGUGUAGAAACAUUUUUGUUCUUCAGCAGAAUUUGACCAACAUCACUAUGUCACGGGAGGCAGACCUGGACUUUGCAAGGCAGUACUACGAGAUGCUCUACAACACAGCUGACGAGCUCUUGAACCUGGUGGUGGACCAGGGGGUGAAGUACACAGAGCUGGAGUAUAUCCAUGCCCUGACCCUGCUACACCGCAGCCAGACUGGCGUGGGGGACCAGACCAUCCAGAACACCAGGCUGCAGAGGCUCAAGGAGAUCAUCUGUGAGCAGGCUGCCAUCAAGCAAGCCACCAAGGACAAGAAAAUAACCACUGUCUAAUGGUGUGCACCACAG